UUCGACAUCAAGCGAUGUGUGUGGACGGUUCAGUGGUUGCCCAGGGGUGGGGGUGGUACCCUGCUGGGAGGGAGAGGGCGAGGGGGGAUGUUUUCCCCACCCGUGACAUCGCGGUGGUGAUUGCACCAACCAUAGUUGAAGCAACCAUGCCCCCUCCCGCCCCACCUACCGAUACCAGAAAAGUAUACAUGGGAUCACCGCCGACAAGGGACAAAGUACUUCGCGGCAAUCAGACGACAACAAGCAACGGCGAGGAGAAGAACAACGGAGGAGGAGGUGGUGGAACGGGAGGAGGAGGAACUGGAGGAGGAGGUAAUAGGACGAGGAGAGUGCAGAACAGGGAGAAGAGAGGGCUGAAAUCGGGGAGAAGUUAUUCGGAGGAUUUGAGUAAGAUGCUGCCGGCUGCUUGGAGGGAUACUAAGCCUAGUCCUACCUCAGGUCACCCAGAAGUUUCGAGAAGGCUCCUGCUAGAGGAAUUCGAGAGCGAGUGCAAACUGAAGGACAUUGCCGACUCGAUCACCAGGCCGCGCCACCGUCGAGUCACCACAACGGCCGCCAACAUUGCCACUGCUGCCAACUCAAACAACCAGGAGCCAACCAGGGAUGGCGAUACGCAGUCUGCCAAACAGAUUCGUGGCGAUCCUGAUGGCUGUGGCUUGGACCUAUCCUCACUGAGGUAUUCGCCAUCCUCAGAACUCAGGGUUGAUUUACCUGCUGAAGAUUUGCUCAACAUUAAGAAAGGCUGGCUCAUGAAGCAGGCUUCCGAAAAGGAAUGGAACAAGCACUGGUUUGUUUUGCGAGGGGCUGCACUGUUGUACUAUAGGGAUCCGGCCGCCGAGGAUCAGGGCAUUUUGGAUGGGGUCAUUGACCUCAGUGGGGUCAGUUCUGUCACUGAGGUUCAGGUGGCUCGCAACUAUGGAUUCCAAACUAUGACAUGGGAUGACCGUCGGUACGUGCUUUCGGCGGUGACGGCGGGGAUUCGCUCCAAUUGGAUGGCUGCUAUUAGAAGGGCGGCUGGCCUACAGGAGGAAAUAACUGCUACAACAUCUAUACCUGCGGAACGCGAGCUAGUGACGUCAUCUUCGUCUGUCUCAGUAGUGUCGGUGGCGCCGCGACGCUCCCUGGCAUUCUCCUCGGAUGGAGACGACGAGUACCGGACGGCGUCGGAAGGGGGCCGAAGGGGGAGUAGUAGUGACUGGGGAGACGCACCCCUGCCCCCUUCCCCGCCUCUUAACAGGACGCCCAUUUCGAGGGUCAAGGAGAGGGCCAGGGGCGGAUCGAAGUCUAGGGGCUACCAAGGCGGUGGCAGCAGCAGCAGCAGUAAGCGGUCGCGGUCGUCGCCGCCCUCCUCACGAAGGUCCACCCUCGACUCGGUGCGCACUGAGGAUCUGGUGCGUGCGUGCUGUCAGUCCGACCUUGACAUCGGGUCAAUCAAUACGCCGGAGAAGCAGCCAUGCAACGAACUGGACGAAAUCAAGAAACAGCUGACCGGUGCGCUGAGAGAGUUGAGCAGUGCUGAAGAGGAGCUGCUCAGGCUAAGACAGAGGAAAGCUGACAUUUCUUCUCUAGAAACACAGGUUGAAGAUCUUUUGAAGAGGGUAGAAGAAGCUGGAAAGCAACGCGCCAAAGACUGUGCCGAAUUAGAUAGUCUGAAGAAAAGGUUCAUAGACGACAAAUCGCACUGGGAACACGACCUGCAGCGCGCAGAGUGCGAACUGCAAGCAGCGAGCGAUCGGUGCGCGCAGCUGUGUGCCGAACUUAGCGCCAAGAACGGCGACAUCUGUCGGCUGGAAGCGGAACUAGCACGUGGCGAUCAGCUGAUCGAGCGGCUAAAAUCAGAACUGCAUUCGGUGGGCGACCGGCUCAGCAACGGCAUCGAGGAAAACGAUGCACUGUAUCGACGCAUUCGCGAACUGGAGGGCCGGGGAGGCAAUUCGGUGGUCGUUCAGGUGCGGGACAAGGCCAGGAGUGUGGACUCGUUGAGCGAUCUCACCAACAUUGAUCUGGACUUGGAUUUGCAGCAGUUGGACAAGGAUCGAGUGGUGGAGGAGUACGAAGACCUGCGUACCCGGUUCGAGAAGGCGGUGGCGGAGAUUCGCGCGAUGAAGCGGGAACUGCGCGAAUCGCAGACGGCUGCGGACUGCCUGGAGUUGAGCCUGAUUCACGCCCGCCAAGAACUGCAGUGUCGUCAGAGUGACGCAGACGCCCAGCAGUCGCUUAUGGCCGCUCGUAUACAGGAUUUGGCCACCAAGCUGUCCAACGCCGAGAAACAGAUUCGUGCCCUGAAGCAAAAACUGUCCAAGUCAGAAACACGUGACAAACGGCGCUCUCUCUCACUCAAAGGCCGUGAAUCCUUCUCCAUCUGCAAAGAACUUGAAGACAAGUUGGCCGAACUUGAAAAGAAAAUCUGUGCACUGGAUAACAGCGGCAUCACUGCCAUCACCAAUGGCAGCACAGACACUCAGGAACAUGAUGAUUCCAAACAGAAACCCCAAUUACCUCAUACCUCUUCUAGUCCAGAAACAAACGGCUCAAGUAGUAAGGUUAGCGCCGCCAGGUUGCGGCGAAAGUCGCUAGAUAGCGCCACCAGCUCUGAACCAAUGAAAGUGCUCAUCCGCAUGAACUCGCUGGAGGCGAAAGUGAGCAAAGCUGCCAAAGGCAUCAUGAUUAGUCGGUCGUCACCACCCGCCAAUGACGACAUACCUGAACACCCGGUUGUGUUGAAUGUUGAAGACUCUGUUGAUGGGCCAGAAGGCUUGAAAGUUGAGGUUGUCAAUGAGGUGAGAAAGAUGGAGAAUCUGUUGAGGGUGAAGUUGGGUGAGCUGGCAAAGAAGAAGGAAGCGCUAAUAUCAGCAGGGGAGUGGAAUGAUGAGAACAAGCUGAAUCUACUAGCUGAGAAACUCGCCUAUGAAUCAGUGUUGGUUGGAAGGUUACAUGAUGCUGUCUCCGACUCCAAUAUGGCUGACUGCAAGGAUGCCAACCGUCUGAUGUCCAUGUUGGAGGUGAAGUUGAAUGGUGGCAAACCCAACAUUGAAACUUCUUUUGAUUAUCUCACACGUACGUUGAGUAGGCACCUUAUGGAGCAAAGCAGGGUGAAGCCCAGGAAGGUGAAAGAGAGAAAGAAGGUGGCGGGAGGUAGUUUUGUGGAGGAUUUGAAACAGAAGAAGAAGGUGUUGGAUGGGAGGACUGAGAAGUUUCUGGAGGAUGUCAUUGAGGAGUUGGCCAUGGUGUUUGCUGUGGAGACUCUGGGGGAUGAUGUGAGGUGCUCUGGGAGGAUACAGGAGGCAUGGAGUUUGGCUCAGGAAGCUGUCAACCAGGAGUUGAUCCAAGCGGAAAUAUCCCAAGUCAUGCAACAGUGUACAAAAACUUAUGAGAGUUUGAUGGAUAGGGAGGAUGAGACACGGUUCUUGGGACUGAUCCAGCAGAGGGCAUCGCUGGAGUGCUGGGGGAAUUUGGCGGCAGACAUGUUGAACGGAGAGAUGGAGAAAGCUGUGAGCCGGCUACAUGAGAAAUACCAGGCGAACUUGGUGAGGUUAAAAGGUGAGAAGGAGAAUGUGGUUGGUGGCUUGAGUGAGGAAGACGAGGAGAAAGCUAGAGUGCUGUUGCAGCGGUUUGUUGAUAUAGUUGCACACAAGUCACUGUUAGACACUAGGAUGGCGUUGCUGUGUGAGGGUGAUGAAGAGUCCGGCCCGGAGGACCAGGAAACGUGGAUAUUUGAUGAGGUGUCGUUUCUAACUGAAGUACAAAAUCUGUAUGUGAAGUUUUGUUUUGACCUUCACAACGAAGGUGAGGAGAGGAUCAAGGAGGCGUUUGGUGACGUUUUGAAGGAGGUGGACUCGCUGCGUGACCACGUGGUCGACUGUGUGAAGGUGGACGCGAGUGCGAGCGUGGUGGGCACUGACAGCCUGGCCAGUGUGCGGUCGGAGGGGUCGGACUGGGUGGAGGUGGCCUGCUGCUACUGCGGCGAGAUCAAGGAGCGACUGGUGCAGCUGCAGAUGUGCCUGGCUCAGGGCAAGGAGUGUCAGCGCUGCAACAGUCUACAGGAGGAGUUGGACAGGAGAGAAAGCAAACAUCGUGAGGUCCUAAACAGCACCCAUCAACGGCAGCAGAUGGAGUUGUCAGAACUGCAGAACUCCCUGGAACAGGAAAGACAAAAACUGGUGUGCCAACACGAGCAGGAGCAGUCGGCGCUGAAGGAGCGCGCGCGCAAACUGGAGCGGCGCCUCGGCACCCUGGACUCUGAGUACACGCAGCAGAUGGACAACCUGCGUGCCGCCUACCACAAGACGCUCUCCACCUCCCUGGACAGGGACCACCUCCAGGGCGAGGAGACUGUGCGUCUGCGCUAUCAGGCCGAGAUCGAACAGCUCAGGGCACUUUGCGAAAAAGGAUUGAUGGGGAUGGAGAAUUCUCACCGGAGAAUAAUCGCUGAACUGGAGGAGAAACAUCGACAAGAGUUGGAAGCACUGAGAGUGGAGAAAGAGCAGGCUCUGGCCGAAGAAACUCAAGCCACUCUAGCUGCUUUGGAUGCAAUGCGUAAAGCUCACGAAGCCGAAGUACAAAAAGAAAUAACCAAAUUUAAGUCGGAAUUCCUCAAGAAAAUGCAAUCCUCACACGAUAUAGGAGCAUUGCAUAAGGAGCAAGAUGGCUGCUGGUAUAUGAAUCAACUUCGAGAAAUGGGAAUUCCGAACGAAAAUGAAAAUAACUUUGCAAUAGCAGUGCGAGCCGAAAUGGAAGAGAUAAAGCAGGAGAUUCUGUCUCUGUCUGAGAAGUACUCAGUGAAAUGUGUGGAGUCGGCAGCCUUAGAGGAAGAACUGAGAGUAGCCAAUAACCAGCUAGCUCAAGCUCAACAACAUAUUUUGCAAUUAGACUCAAGAAACAAACAAUUACGAGCUCACCUGAUGGCAGAAGCCAAUGACCUGGCCAAAGAGUGUGAACUGACACCCGAAGAUAAAACCAAAGAGUCACCAAUUAAAAAUCAUGGAGACAAGGCUGGCUUCAGUUGUCUGCUGCAUUUCAACAACAACAACAACAACCGCUUGAACAACAAUGGCGGCGGCGACAACAACGUGACAACAACUGGUUCGGCGUCAGCCGCUGACAGCGCUGUUGUCAAUGCGCUGGUCGACAAAUUAAAAAUGGCCGCCUGGAAUCACUACAACAAUAGUCGCAGUGCAGGAAAUAGGAACGACAGCUGUAUAGAUCCCAUUCUAAAGAGUAAAACUCGCUUGGAACCCUUAUCUCUGAACAGUUCAGAGUUGAAGAGGUAUUCAGCCCUAGUAUGCGGUCGCAGUGUUCUACCCCCUCUGCGUUCCCCCUCCCCCUGCGCUCUGAGUGGGAUGGUGGCUGAGCGCAAGAAGAUCUUCGAACAGUAGUCUCUCUCUAUCUCCCCCUUCCCCUCUCUGUUCCAUAACUUAAAAUGCUUUUUAUGUAAUUUAUAAAACCCUCUAAUAUAUUUUUACUUCUCUGGUCACCUGUAAUAUCUUCUUGCUCUCUCUCCCUUAAGGGUUGUGUGGCAGAAAGGACCAGGAGUCCUAACUCCGCCCUAAUAAAGGCAUAUAAUCAAUCCAUCAAUCCCUCUCUCUUUCUGUUCCUCUUUCUUUUUCUGUCUUCCUCUCUCUGUCCUAAAAGUUGCUUUUUCUAUUACUUUCAGGAUAUUUUUCUAAAAUCUACUACACCCUCCAAUAUAUCUGUACUUCUUUGGUCACCCUGUAAUCUUUUGUUUUUCGUUGUCUCCGUCUCUCUUUUUUCUGUCUUAAAAGCUGUUUUUUUAACAUCUAUACUACUGUUUAAAUACAUCUUUACUUCUCAGCUUACCCUGUAAGCUCUUCUUUUUCGUGUCCUCUCUCUCUCUCUCUCUCUCUCUCUCUCUCUCUCUCUCUCACUCUCUCUCUCUCUCUCUCUCUUCAUCUCGCUCGGUUUCUCUCUGUCAUUCAGUAAUUUUUUCCUCAUCGUGAAAGCAUAUUUCUAACGAUUCGAUUCCAAUGAAACUCAUAGCUAUGUAAGCGAUUCCAAUAAACUCAAUAUCUCAUCUUAUAGCUGUCAUAUCUCCUUGGCUAACCAGUAGUGUAAUGACAAGGCAUUCUGCCUUCAAGUUGGAUAAGAUGUUUUAUUUUCCUCGAUAGUCGAUAUAUUUCUAACAUGAUUCUAUUGUCACUUUCAAUAUUGAAUACAUAAAGUAUGUUGAAAACUGUUAACAGUUGAGAGAUUACAUAAUACAAUAUGCUGUUGGGUGUUGCCUGUCAAGAUUUAAUAGUAUUGCUUUGCCUAUUGAGUUGAUUCUCAUUGAGGUGAAAUAUAUGUAUUAUCUAGUAGUUUCUUGAUUCCCCCUUGUUUGAAAUUUUUGAGUUCUUACACAUCAGAUCGGAAUGUGUAAUGAAUAUAUUGUCAUUUGGCUGAGAGAAAAUGUGGAAAGUAAAUACAGUGAUUUAAUUCUUUUCAGAAAUUUUCAAGUUGAUUCUCAUCAAAAUAGAAGACAAAAUAAUGAUGAAUUUGAAAGAAAGGAUGGAGUAGUAAAAAUAGAUUUUGAAUUGAUUCUUACCUUUUGUGAGGAUAUAAAAAUGGAAAUUCAUUUUGAGAUUAAUUUGAAAGACAUUUUGAAGCAGUAGAAGAUAAAUUUGAGACAAUAAAUUCGAUUCAUUAUUACGAAUAUAAUUUGUAAUAUCAAAUUAUUACAGUUUGAAGUGCAAGAUUCAGAGUCCCAUCAUGAAACUUCAGUCAUUUUUUUGUAAGUUAUUCUUAAGUUCUUAUGAUUUUGAAGUAAUUUGAUUGGAAAAUAUUAAGUAGGAUGUAUUGAAAGUCGGAUUUCAAGAACCGUAUCAAAGGUAAUGAAGUCAAGAUGCGGGGUACAAUAAUUAAAUGUCCUCAAAUUCAGUACAUUAAUAAAUAAUAUCCAAAAUUAGUUAAUCCUAUGUUCUCUUCCUCAGAAAAUAUUGAUUUAUAACUUAUUGAAACCGGAAAUUUCCUACAUCAUGAUCCCUCUUAUAGAAUAAUAUAAAACAACUCCAUAUAAAAAAAAUAUUUUUAUGCUGCUUUUCAAAUUGGGAAGAGUAUUAUAUACUCGAAGGAGUAUAGUAUUACUAAAAGCAAGAUAAUCCUUGGAGUUUUGUACCUAGCUUUAAUGGAAAGGCGUAGAGUAGGCAUAGAACGGUGGAAUUGAACAUUGUGCUUUUUGAAUGUGUAUUGUUAUCGUUGUGUGAGUAAUUUAUCCGGGUCCAAAAGCAAUUAAAAUCAUUAUAAAUUAUAUAAAACGAAUUUAUUGAAAAUGAAUACUGUUACUCCUUAUAGAUUAAGUUUGUUACAAAUAUAAGUGGAUUGGAGUCAAAAUAAAAAAUUGUUUGAGACAAUUAUUGUUUCUUAAUAUAUUCAGGAUAUUCUAAGUAGUGAAUCUACAUUAAUGAAUUCUAAAUAUGAAGUUUGGACCAGUUCCAAUAUCAGUUACAAGUUUAAAGAGUAUCAGUAAGUCAUAACAUUUGAAGCAUAAUUCAUAUUCGAAGAUUUAUAAGGGAGCAUAAUAAUAUAUUUUAAUUGUUAAUUUUCUUAUAAUGUGUGUGAACUAAUAUUCCCGGUGAAGUAUGGU